ACUCUGUAUGGGAAUGGGAUCAGAUCCUAAGACGGAAUCGUUGGCAAGAAAUCAAACCCCGCGCUGAACUCUCCGGGAAUGGUGUCGGGUCGGGCUUGGUCGGGGAGCUCGGUGACAGGUCGGAUUGUGGAGAGGACACCCCACUAUGCGGCAAUGUUAGGCUCCGGGAUGAGGACCUCUGGGAAGGGGGUAGCCCAGCAAGAGGGUGGGUCAGAUCUUGGGGAUGGAGCCAAACCUUGAGUCGAGGCCCUCGGGGUGGGGUCUUUAGGCCCCACUGUUCUGUUUUAUAAAGGGGGCGGUGCGAGUGCUUUGGGGAGGAGCUGAACAGCGGGUCCGAGAGAUGGCGGCGGACGAGGAAGGAGAGACGCUGGAGUCGUGGCUGAAUAAAGCUACCAAUCCUCUAAAUACUGAAGAGAAAUGGGAAUGCAUCAAGGGAUUCUGCGAUCAGGUCAAUCUAGAGCUGGAGGGCCCACAGAUUGCAACUCGUCUCCUGGGUCACAAAAUCCAGUCGCCACAAGAAAAAGAGGCUCUGUAUGCACUCACGGUAUUGGAUACGUGCAUGAACAAUUGUGGGAAACGGUUUCAGAAUGAAGUUGGAAAGUUUCGAUUUUUAAAUGAUUUAAUUAAAGUCUUAUCACCAAAGUACCUGGGCUUGUGGUCCUCAGAACAAGUGAAGUCUAAGGUGAUAGAAAUGUUGUAUAGCUGGACAGUGUGGCUACCAAAUGCAAUAAAAAUCCGAGAUGCCUAUCAGAUGCUGAAGAAGCAAGGUAUCAUCAAGCAGGAUCCCAAGUUACCAGAUGAGAAGCCUUUGCUGCCACCUUCCCCAGAAAAGAAGUGCUCCCUCUUUGAUGAUGAUGAAAAAUCAAAGCUCCUUGCAAGACUUCUGAAAAGCAACCACCCAGAGGACUUGCAGGCUGCCAACAGAUUGAUCAAGAGUGUCAUCAGAGAGGAUGAAGAGAAAGCUGAAAAGAUCAACAAGAGGAUCCGCCUCAUUGAGGAAGUAGCCAACAGUACAAAGUUGCUGAAUGAGAUGCUGACUAUGUACCAGAAAGACGGUUUGCCCGAAAACCAGAUCGAAAUUCUGAAGAACUUGUAUCAGCGCUGCGAGAAGCUGCGGCCGGCACUGUUCCGACUUGCGAAUGACACUGUGGAAAAUGAUGAAGCUUUGGUGGAAAUUCUGCAGACCAACGACUCACUUGCAGAUGCAAUCAGCUUGUACAAGAAAAUCAUUCAGGGGCAUGAAAUCAGUGUGGCCCCCAGAAGUUCAGCCAAAACAGAAAUGUCUUCGCUACUAUCUGAUUUAUCUGAUUUGGAGCUGGACUUUGGAAAACCUGAAACCGAUGAGAGUUCAGGCCGCAAGCAGCAGUUGCCAUGUUUGCUGGAUGAAGAACUGGUGUCUCUGGAUCUGAAUGAACCCUCAUUAAUGGAGCAAGCUGUGAAUCAGAAUACGUCCCAGAAAGCAAAUCCAGCUACAACCGCACCAAGAUCUACCUCCAGUGGGAGCAGGGACUUGGACGGCUUGGACCUACUGGGGUCAACGUUGAUGGAACAGUUUCUUCAACACCAGACACAGCCAGUACAAUGGGAACAGCCAUGCAUCAAACCUACACGGAAGGACCUCCAGAACCAGGCACCAGCUCGCGCUCUCAUGGCCGAUUUGGACCCAUGUUGUCCUGCCAUGUCCGCUUCGCUUGCGGCGCCAACUCUCCUUCCUCAGUCCAUGGUACCGCUGGAGCUCAUGCACGUUUGUCCCCUUCAGCUGCAGCACCAAGUGCCUGCUCCACGUGGGCCCUCGAUCGCAGGGGGCGAGGAACUCUCCUGGAAGAGGCUGUUUGUGCCAGUGGAGACCAUUCGGACAAGUCAUAUACCACCUGUCACAGUCUACGACAAAAAUGGCUUCCAAGUCCUCUUUCACUUUGCCAAAGCCUCUUCCUUACCCUCACAGAGGCCGGACCUGUUGGUUGUUAUCAUCUCUCUUCUGAGCACAUUGCCCGGACCAAUAAAGGGCAUCCUUUUCCAAGCCGCUGUGCCAAAGGUGAUGAGGGUGAAGCUACAACCUGCCUCUGGCACAGAGCUUCCUUCAUUCAAUCCCCUCCUCCCACCGCCAGUCAUCUCACAGGUCAUGCUCCUUGACAAUCCUCGCAAGGAGAAGGUCCGUUUGCGAUACAAGCUGCACUACACCCUGGCUGAGCAGCCCUUCACAGAGACUGGGGAAGUCACUGAGUUCCCAGCUGUGGAAACCUGGGGUACUCUUUGAGGAAUGAGAGAAGGUCACAAGACAGAACACCUGAAGGAGUUUGACACCAUACACCCCAGCACCAGGACCAUUGUUCGGUGAUACCAAAAUACGACAGGAUUCCCAUGAAUUAAAUUGGAUUCCCUGUUGGGACAGAUGACACCAGAGUUCGAAGGAUGGGAUCCUAAUUUUGCCAAAUUACAUUUCACUUACCCCCUCUUUCUCUAAUGUUGCUGGCUGGAACAGAAGAAUAGUCCUGUUAAUUAAUACUCAUUUAUAGUUCCUAUUGCCUAACGCAAGUGGCCUUGUCCUCUGUCACAUCUGCACACAUCACCCCAAUAAUAUUUUUAAUCAGUGUGGCUCACACUGUGAGGUGUCACUUGCAGGGGUUAAGAAGCCUUGUUUGUUUUAACAACCCCUCCAGUACAUCUUUGUUAUAAAGUUUGUCAAUAGCAGCAGAGCAGAUGCUGCAUGUUUGCCUUUUCACUCCAGUCUUUGCAUUUCCAGACAAUUAGUUAGAACUUAGAACGGCAGCAAGUUGAAGAAUUCCAUUCAAAUAGUCAUUUAAUUGUCUUUCACUGCAUAGUAAAUGCAAACAAUGGAAAUAGGUGGGAUUAUUUGGAUUGGUGGAGGUUUAGUAAUCUGAGUGUUCAUCUUCACUGUAAAACACAAAGUUCAAAGUACAUUUAUGAUCAAAAUGUACAGUAUACAUUAUACAACUAGUCUCCUUACAGACAGCCACAAAACAAAGAAACCUUAAAAGAACCCAUUUCAAAAAAGACCAUCAAACACCCAAUGUGCAGAGGGGAAAAAAAUAUGCAAACAAUAAAAGUAAGCAAAUGGAAUUCACAAGUUCAGUUUUUAUGAAAUUGAAUCAUUUGGAUCUGCAAUUGUUCUGCAGAGAAAUGCAUUCACUGGAAGGGAAAUAAGAAAUGACAUUUUGCUUCCAGCUCUAAGUACCAAAGUUGACCUUUCCAUCCACAAGAUGCCCCAACUCUUCACUCUUGCUUGCAGUUUGUCACCACAUAAUGAGGCAGUGAACAGAGAGGAAAUAGCAUUAAUUUGAAGGGAAUAGUGGAAUUCAUAAAGGCCACCCAGUCCCUUAAGCCCACUGUAACUCCUCAUUUCUAGCAACAAUUUUACCCAAAAGUGGUACAGCCUGUCACUGAAGGUCUAUGGUGAGGAUUGGUCACCUGGGUGAUGGUGACACCUACAGGCUCAAAAUCAGUAUUGCACUGGUUUUUAAAUUGCACUCAGUUACAGACCCAAAGUAUUCACUGUUCCUCCUUGGAACGGAUGCGUCCUGACUUGCUGAGCCUUUUUCCCAGUAUAUUCUGUUUUUCUUUGUUUCAGAUUUCAAGACUCUGCAGCUUUUUAAAAAUUUUAAUUUAAAAUUUACUUACCCCUUGUUCAUUUUGUUUGCAUGUAUCUUUUUCAAUAUGUAGGAGGUAAGGAUUUCUAGAAUCUAAACAAAAGUAUUCUGUUCUCAGAGGGCUUAGCAUGGUCUUAAAUGAAAAAAUCAUUUUUCUGUUGGAAAGAAUAGUGAAGACAUUUGACAAUAUUCUCUGGGAAUAUGACAGCUUGUUUUGAGUGAAGAACUAAUUUACAAUUAAGAACAUUCUUGGAAAUUAAUUAUGGGAAGAGAGAUUAGUCUUGCAACUAUAAUUCAAAUAUUUAUAUUUUUGUAAUAUAAAAGAAUGACCCAUUUAAACUUGUGCCUGCAGAAGCAAUGACUUUCCAGUUCAGGGAAAGUAAUAUUCUUAUCAAUAGCAAAGCAUUCAAACCGACAUCUGGGGUGUCUGAGCCUAGAAAUGAAGAGAAAGAUUUACAUUUAUAGAAUACCUAUCAUUUCCCUUUCAGAACCCACCAAAACAUUUUACAGCUGAUAAAAUAAAUUUGAUUGCACUGUUGUAAUGAGUCAAAGCGAUGGCUAAUUCAUGUUCAUACUGAUGAGCAGCACUGACAAAUGACCAAGUAAUCUGAUGUACAAUUAUUGGUCAAUGACCUGGGAAUCGCGCCACCUGCUCUUCCUUGAACAGUAUCAUGGGGUCUUUUAUAAACAGAUCGUGCAGUAAUGAAAGCCCUCGUUUGAAAAGUUGCAUCGCCAACAGAGCAGCACUACAGCUGAACAUUGACCAGGAUUUUUGGGCUCAAGCCGUUGGUGUGGACGAGCUAUCUGCUCAAGAGGCGAGAUUGCAGCCAGCUGGUACUUCACAUUAAUGAAUAAAAUCUAGAACUGCCUACUUCUGAUGAUGCUCCUGUGAAAUAUUGAGACAUUUUACUACGUUAAUGGCACUUCUGAGUGCAAGUUAAUAAGGGUACGUGCUUUAUCUGUUGAUGCUACUUGUGCACAGCCACAGACAAUGCAAUUGUGGGAACGGUGUUAAUUUACUUCACUGAACCAGUUUUAAGAAUGGUAAAAUAAAUCUUUUAAAUUCCUCAGCUUUUCUGUACU